AAAUGAUGCGGAUCCCACAAAAAUGUCUCGGAAUUCCCACCUCCACAGCGAGCAUUGUUUUUGAAAGCGUCACAACUCGUCUCGUGGUCUUUUUCUCCGCUGCAGCGUUGAAAACAAAGCAACCCUGUUCACCUUUAUUGUUUUGUGGCCGACAAACGCUCAUAUUUGUCGACGUGUGUAGCGUCAGAGCGGCUUCACGAAGUGGACAGGCUCGAAAAAACCUCCACCUCAGUUCAGCUGCGGCGCGCAUGCUCAGACCGCGCUCUCUCCGCUCGCGCUUAUUAAUAUUUAACGGAAAAUGGCUGCUUUUCUUAUCCAAACCGCCGGAGCCGAGCAAUAAAGGAACCCCGCCGGACUGACGUCCCUUUUCUUUCUUCGUUUUCGGCCUCGCUGCCGCUCACAUCGCACCGUUUCGAUGUGUUUGACUUCACGCUGAGCCGAACCCAAGAACCGAGCCGUUAGGUGGAGAGAGGAAAAAAAAAAUAACCGAGGGGGAGAAAUGGAUCGACUCCCGCUCUGAGGGGAUGAAAGAUAAUUUUUCUCCUUUAUAAAAAAAAUAAAAUAAAAAAAAUACCCCGUCUGCUCAGAGACCUGCGAACAAUCGAGCGAAAGAUGAUGCGCCAGGUGACCACCACUGACUUCUGCAUGAACAGCAGGCCGUCUUGCCUGGCAGAGGACGGCCACCACCCCGCCGCCCAUUUCGAACUCUGCGCCUCGCAGCCCAACAAGUUCUACCCUCCUCCGCCUCCCGCCUCCCUGCAGAUGACGCUGGCGCCCAUGGCCCUACCCGCCCAGAGCCACAAGCCCAUGGUGUGUCACAGACAGGAUAUUCUGGGAGGCGACCCGCGCUCGACCGGGAAAAUACCCAACCUGAAAGGCUCAGAGCAAACCCCCAGUGACGCUAAGAAAAAGACCAAAGGCGCCGGGAAGACGGGCAGACGCGGCCGGCCUCUGGGAACCACUAAGCUGGCUGGGUACAGAACCAGCACCGGGCGGCCCCUGGGCACCACCAGGGCCGCGGGGUUCAAGACGAGCCCGGGACGGCCGCUCGGCACGACCCGAGCCGCCGGGUACAAGGUGAGCCCGGGACGGCCUCCCGGCAGCAUCAAGGGCCUGUCCCGCCUCAACAAACUGGCGUACAGCAGCGUCUGCAGCGGCGCGGCCUUCCCCUACCCACUCCCACACAAAGAAAUCCUCUGCGACGCGCCCUGCAAAGAGAAGACAGGUAACGAGGAGAGGCUCUGCGCUGUCUCCACUUCACCCUGAACUGCUAAAACCAGAAAACACUGCUGCUUCCUGCGAGGGGUGACUGCAAAAAGGAGGAUGUUAUUAUUACUAUUAUUUUCUUCUUCUUUUUUUGGGGGGGGAUUAUCUGUCUUGCUGUCAUUCGUGUGCCUGCCGCCUGAUAAAAAAAAAAAAA